AUGGACAACUCACCUCUGCCACCACGACCGAUACACAUAGACUCGAAAAUGCAGAAAGGGCAACGCGUAGGAGAUAAAGUACCAGUCGAUGACACCAAUAAAGCCAGAGCACCAGCUGUACCUCGUGGAAAGUUCAAAGAAAAAUUUCAAGUUUUGAGAGAACGCUUUGAUCAAGUUGUAGGGGAACGCGAGGUACUUGAGAGAGAUCUUGAGCUUGCGAAUGCACGCAUGCGGAAGCUUCAGGCUGAGAAUGACUUGCUUCUUGAUGCCAUCAAUCUUACAGUUCCAGCAACCCCUUCCCUCAUGCAUCUCACCCGCCCCUCUCCGACAAUAUAUCCACACCCCGCAGCACCUCCAAUGGCACUGCCCCCAUCUCACCACAUGAACGGGCAUAGCGUUAGUGUUUCCCAUGUUAACGGGAGGUAUCGUCCAGUCGAUCCACGUGACAUCACACCUUCAGAGCGGGGUCGUGAUUAUCGGGAUAUUCCUCCUGAAACUACAGGGAACGGGCGCUUGUGA